AUGGAUCCUGCAUGGUCUUGUUCGUGGGAUCUCAACAAUUCGCAUAACAUAUAUGCUGGACUACAGAAUGGUUCUGUCCUGGUGUUUGACAUGCGUCAAACUGUAGGACCCAUGAAAUCUUUAGUUGGUUUGACUAACAACCCUGUGCAUACUGUACAUUCUCUUUCACAAACUUCAAGUCUUUCUUCGGGUGUUGGAACCAUCCUUUCAGCAUCUGUCAUUGGCCUUUCUCAGUGGAACAUUGAAUCUGAAGAACGUCUUUCUUCGGGUGUUGGAACCAUCCUUUCAGCAUCUGUCAUUGGCCUUUCUCAGUGGAACAUUGAAUCUGAAGAACGGCCGCUUGUGGUUCCUGAAACUAACAAUCAAGGAGUUUGCAUAUCCCUUGCCUAUUGCCCUAGCAUUGAUGACAUUGUUGCUUCUUACCGGCCCACAUUCAAUAUGUCCAAGGAUGUGCCUCUAUCUCAACCAUUGUCCACUCCUCUUAGUGCUGGACAAGGAUUACAGGGGACUCAUGUCUUGUUCAAUAGAAUGGGUAGUCAUCAUUUUCAAAAGGUGGGUUCCUCAUAUGCCAAUGUAAGUAAAAUUCGACUGCCAAAAUGUGUAAUUAUGGACAUAGAGAAUCAGAGCAGAUUGUUUGCAUCUUGGGAUGAAGUUACAUGUGAUUUGGUCUUGCAUGAGUUGCCAUCUUUUAGAGUUCUUCAGCAAUUCAAAUUGCCAGCUCAUGCCCGUGAUAUUAGGUACUCACCUAGCCACGGCAUACUUGGUUGUUUAAGUGAGAACAAGUUGCAGCUCUUCCAUUCCAAACACUCGUCGGUAAGGUAA